CCGCCCCCUCCCCCGCCCGGAGUCGAAAUUUCCCGGGAUUAUGUUUCGGAAAGGUAGGUGAGCGCCGGGCGCCGCGCCCGCUCUGCGCACUGGGACCGAGAGCCCGCGAGGCGGCGAGGCAGCCCCGGGCCAGCGGCGGGGCCGACGCUCGUCCCCUCCCCAGGAGGUGCCCGGCGCAGCAGGGAGAGAGCUCUCCAAACGCGGACGUCUCCCGGCUCUCCCCCUCCCUGCUUUCCGUUAGGAAUCCGGCGAGGAAAUACAUGAAUUCGCUGAGGAUCGCCGGCGCCGGGGCGCAGCGCCAUAAGGUGUAGGGAGCGCCGGGGUGGGGAGAGUGGGCACCCAGGCGUCCCCGUGGCUCGAGCGCCCGCCGUCGGCUCUGCAUUCCUGCCCGUGGGGCAGACGGAGUGACCCGGCCCCGCUCCCCGCCCCGACCAUGGUAGUGUUCAAUGGCCUUCUUAAGAUCAAAAUCUGUGAGGCCGUGAGCUUGAAGCCCACAGCCUGGUCGCUGCGCCAUGCGGUGGGACCCCGGCCGCAGACUUUCCUUCUCGACCCCUACAUCGCGCUCAACGUGGACGACUCGCGCAUCGGCCAAACGGCCACCAAGCAGAAGACCAACAGCCCAGCCUGGCACGACGAGUUUGUCACCGAUGUGUGCAACGGGCGCAAGAUCGAGCUGGCUGUCUUUCACGAUGCCCCCAUCGGCUACGAUGACUUCGUGGCCAACUGUACCAUCCAGUUCGAGGAGCUGCUGCAGAACGGGAGCCGCCACUUCGAGGACUGGAUUGAUCUGGAGCCGGAAGGCAAAGUAUAUGUGAUCAUCGACCUCUCAGGGUCGUCAGGUGAAGCCCCCAAAGACAAUGAAGAGCGUGUGUUUAGGGAGCGCAUGCGACCGAGGAAGAGGCAAGGGGCCGUCAGGCGCAGGGUCCACCAGGUCAAUGGCCACAAGUUCAUGGCCACUUACCUUCGGCAGCCCACCUACUGUUCCCACUGCAGAGACUUCAUCUGGGGUGUCAUAGGAAAGCAGGGAUACCAGUGUCAAGUUUGCACUUGUGUUGUCCACAAGCGGUGCCAUGAACUCAUCAUCACGAAGUGCGCUGGACUGAAGAAGCAGGAAACGCCGGAUGAGGUGGGCUCCCAGCGGUUCAGCGUCAACAUGCCACACAAAUUUGGGAUCCAUAACUACAAGGUGCCCACCUUCUGUGACCACUGUGGGUCCUUGCUCUGGGGCCUCUUGCGGCAGGGUUUGCAGUGUAAAGUCUGCAAAAUGAAUGUUCACCGUCGGUGUGAGACCAACGUGGCGCCCAACUGUGGGGUGGACGCCAGAGGGAUCGCCAAGGUGCUGGCCGACCUGGGAGUCACUCCGGACAAAAUCACCAACAGUGGCCAGAGGAGGAAAAAGCUCGUUGCUGGUGCCGAGUCCCCCCAGCCUGCUUCUGGAAGCUCCCCAUCUGAGGAUGACCGAUCCAAGUCAGCACCCACCUCCCCUUGUGACCAGGAAUUAAAAGAGCUUGAAAACAACAUCCGGAAGGCCUUGUCAUUUGACAACCGAGGAGAAGAGCACCGUGCCUCGUCCACCGACGGCCACCUGGCCAGCCCUGGCGAGAAUGGUGAAGUCCGGCAAGGCCAGGCCAAGCGCCUGGGCCUAGAUGAGUUCAACUUCAUCAAGGUGUUGGGCAAAGGCAGCUUCGGCAAGGUCAUGCUGGCAGAACUCAAGGGCAAAGAUGAGGUGUAUGCUGUCAAAGUCCUAAAGAAGGAUGUCAUCCUUCAAGAUGAUGACGUGGACUGCACGAUGACAGAGAAGAGGAUUCUGGCUCUGGCACGGAAACACCCGUACCUAACCCAACUCUACUGCUGCUUCCAGACCAAGGACCGCCUCUUUUUUGUCAUGGAAUAUGUCAAUGGCGGAGACCUCAUGUUUCAGAUUCAGCGCUCCCGAAAAUUCGAUGAACCUCGUUCCCGCUUCUAUGCUGCAGAGGUCACGUCGGCUCUCAUGUUCCUGCACCAGCAUGGAGUGAUCUACAGGGAUUUGAAACUGGACAACAUCCUCCUAGAUGCAGAAGGCCACUGCAAGCUGGCGGACUUUGGGAUGUGUAAGGAGGGCAUUCUGAAUGGCGUGACGACCACCACGUUCUGUGGCACUCCUGACUACAUAGCUCCCGAGAUCCUGCAGGAGCUGGAGUAUGGCCCCUCCGUGGACUGGUGGGCCCUCGGGGUGCUGAUGUACGAGAUGAUGGCUGGGCAGCCCCCCUUUGAGGCCGACAACGAGGACGACCUGUUUGAAUCCAUCCUCCACGACGAUGUGCUCUACCCUGUCUGGCUCAGCAAGGAGGCUGUCAGCAUCCUGAAGGCUUUCAUGACCAAGAACCCGCACAAGCGUCUGGGCUGUGUGGCCGCGCAGAAUGGUGAGGACGCCAUCAAGCAGCACCCAUUUUUCAAGGAGAUCGACUGGGUGCUCCUGGAGCAGAAGAAGAUCAAGCCGCCCUUCAAGCCGAGAAUCAAAACCAAAAGAGACGUCAAUAACUUUGACCAAGACUUUACCCGGGAAGAGCCGGUACUCACGCUUGUGGAUGAAGCCAUUGUGAAGCAGAUCAACCAGGAGGAGUUCAAAGGCUUCUCCUACUUUGGCGAAGACCUGAUGCCCUGAGAAGCCACGUAGGCUGGGCUUGCCGCUGCUGCAGGGAGGGUGCUGAGAAGACCCUGUGUUCCGGAGGCUCAGAAGGUUCAGAGCUACUCCUCUUCCCGGAGCCCCGUCCUGUGCCGAUCUCUAUUUAUUGCAUUCCCUCCCCCCACGCCACAUCCUCUCCCACCUCCUGGUGACCAGAAGGCAGUUGGGUCUGGCCUCAGUUGGAACCCAGACUGGAGCUGGGUCAGCAGCCAGGAGUGGGGUCUAUAUCGCCAUGUUUGGGCUGUGGCGAGCCUGGCUCCACUCCUGAGGCUGCUCGUGGCGAAACUCCAGUUCUUUUAUAAAGAAAAAGAAAAAUAUCAAACAAGAAGACUCUGGCUUUGCCACUGGAUGUAGUAUCCUGACACCGCCUGCUUCUCGUCCCUUCUGUCCCCUGGCCUGCCAGCCCUGCCCUUCUGCCCAGGACAAGACGAGACUGGCACCUCCUCCACAGGAGGGCAAGUGCCCUUGAGGGAGAAGGGGCCCAGGAGGCCACAGGCCGGCCAGCUGUGUUGGUUUGCUCUGGAAGGGCUCAUCCUGGCUCGCCUUGGUGUCUGCUUCAGAGCAUGCCAAAGUCUUACAAGUUUGUCUCAUAGAAGAAAUCACUUUUGUGAAAGAAAUAAUUUUGAUUUUUGAACUUUAUUAACUUUUGAAAAAUGUUUUAUCGAAAUUAGCUUUCUAAUUGGCCAAAAGAUAGAAUUUCCAGGAUGAAUACAGGUGGCUAUUAAAGGGCUAAUACACACGAGGAUCCAGUCGUCCAGGAGCGACCUGUGCUGUGAGUGUUUGAGCGACACAUGAGGGCUGGUGGAGCUGAGGGAAAGGGAAGCGCACAGCACUCCUCUUGAUCACAGUUCUACCUGAACACAGAGGCCGCCGCGGCGGUGGCGGGACCCAGGGUUCUAGCAGAUCUCAGGCCCGCUGUCAUCCCGAGUUCCCAGCACAACCGAUAUUUAUUUUCCGCAGCAAUGUGUUAUGUUGCGCACUUCUACAAAAUGGUAGUACUACUGUGUUGUGGUUUUUAAACAUUAAGCAUUUAAAGUUAAUUCUAAAGCGUCCACUUUUAGCCCAAGUGGCAAGAGGCGCACCGUGUAGUGGGCAGAGCGGGGCCGGACACCAGAGGGGACGGGUUUGCAAGCUGACAGUGUGGCUGCUUGUCCUCGCCACGGUGUUUCCAUGUGACGUACAGUGGCAACUCACGUGGACGCUGUUCCAGACGAGACGUUACCUCCUGUAGCUAUCUAUGCCAACAGUGUUACAUUCUUUGCUUUCCAAGGGUUCUCUGUGGCUUCGUGUAUAUGUUUCCUGGAGGUCAUUUGAUUACCUAUUUUACUGAACUGACUUAGCAGGGAAUGGAAUCCAUUCCAGCUGUUGCACGUGGAUUUCCCAGCUGUUCCUAAAUAUAUAUACACUUGUGAGUGGCAAAGUGGCACUGAUGAAGCUUUUUGCCUUUUGUACAUUUGAGAUUUUUGUAUAUAGUGUUUGCUGCAAGGCCUGUGGAAUUAACUCAUUGACUAUAGAGGUAUCAAUUGCUGCAUGUUCAGGCAUAUUAUAAAACUUUAGUCUAUGAAAGAAUAAUUAUAAUAAUGUCCAGGUGCAAUACUCUGUAAGCGUAUUGGUUCAAGUUACCAAGAGAUAGGUGUAUUCUUGGGGGGGGGGAUUUUAUUGUUUAUUUCAUUUUGUUUUAUUUUAAAAGAUGUAAACAUAUAUGUGUAUUAAGCUAUAUUAAAUUUCAUGUGUAGUUCUCCUGCGCUGUAUUAUGCCCUGACAGAGGUAGGGGACAGAAAGGAGUUCUUUCAGUUGUGGCUUUUCAAAGAGUGGACGGUGACUGCUUUGAGCCCAGAGUGUGUCCCUAUUUGCAUCUGGCUGGUGACGGCCUUUGUUUCUAACGAUGACACUCAGUUCUCUUUUGUCUUUAUUUUUUAAAAAAACUCAGGUGUAAUUAUUAUCUGUUCUUACGAUGAUUGCAAAUAUUGAAUAUUAUGCUAUAUCAAUCCAUGUGUGUGGCAUACCAGUGAGGUGAUAAAGAACAUUGGAUUAAUUUAAUUUAUCUUUGGUAACUUGACGUCCCAGGGGCAGACGACCUUGUGGAGUGGAGUACAAGCACAGAGACAUCUUCACGGUGGCAUCAUCUCAUUUUUUAGGGAGACCUGACAGUACCCCCAUCAUACUCAUGCGUAAUCUCAAUCAACCUCCAAUCAGCCCUUCCCCCAUCUGUCUUUCCUGCUCCCUUCACCGCUGUGAACUUCGGACAGCCAAGCCAUCUUCAACGGCAACGCCAAAUGGCCUUGUCCAAGGGCUGGCGGUGUGUGCCUGGCUGCGGGGGUGAGGCCCUUCCUACAAGACAACAGACACUCUUGGCUGCCGCGAGGUCAGAUGACACAUUCCACCUGGCAGCUCUAGGCCCCUUAGUACCCACAGCUGGCGGCCGGGCCGCCACCUCUGCCUCUCACACAAGGAGGCUGAGGUCCAGCUUAGGCCUACAGAAAAGGCUCCUGUGUUUCACGAGUACUUUUCCUUUUAUUUGGAGCAGACAAACUCUUACAUGUCUACUAGUUCUUUAUAGUCUCUCCAGCUCUCUCUCUCUCCCUCUCUCUCUCUCCCUCCCUCCCUCUCUCUAAGAAAAAAAAAGUGCAAAAAAUGCCAAAAAAUAUGAAGGAUAGCUGUUCUCCUGUGUUCUCUCAUUGUAGACUUUGUGAAGUAGACACAUAACUUUUCCUCCAAAGGUGAAAAUAUAAUGCAUUCUUGCUUUAUAAAAAAAAAAAAAAAAAAGGCUUAAAAAGUUACCUCUUUUUAAAUUAUGUGCAAAAUAAUUCUGGCUAAAUAUAAGACGUAUUCCAUUUUAAGGCUUUAUUUUUUAUUGUGAUGCUUUCUUUGUACCUUUUUUCCCUUUCUGGAUGUAAUUUUAACCUCCUGCCAUUCAUUAGUGUUAUUUCAUUGUAAGCAUCGUUGUGCCAAAUGUACUGUAUUCAAGAGGAUGUGAAUGUGUAUUGUUUCAGAACCUAAUAAACACAGUGACGUUAAAUCUU